AUCAAGAACUCUAAUCUUUUUCAGUGUGAAACAUUCUUAUUUUAUGAGAUCAAAACAUCUCUACAACUCCUCAAAUCCAUACAAAAGUAGGUUAAGGAUGACAAGUGUCGGCUAAUUAUAUGCAUUAGCAAAAUCCCUCUCAAAAAAAAAAUUUAAAAAAAAUGCAUACACACACUCACACUCCCACUUUCAUGCAACAACGUGGAACCUCACUUCACCAACCAACAUUUUUUGAGCUCAUAUGCUCACUCCCUCAACUCAUUCAUGCACUACAACAAUUCUCCAACACUCCCCUCUCCUAUAAAACCAUAGCCAUGCCCACCUUUCAAGCUACGAAGAGCUCGAUUUUCGAGAAACUCGAACAUGAUCAAGCAGGACAAGAACGAGGGGGACGGGGCGAGGUACGUAGGCGUGAGGAGGCGGAAAUGGGGGAGGUGGGUGUCGGAGAUUCGCGAGCCGGGGAAAAAGACUCGUAUUUGGUUGGGGAGUUUCGACACGCCUGAGAUGGCGGCCGCGGCCUACGACGUCUCCGCGCGGUACCUGAGAGGGGCGGAUGCGCGCAUCAACUUCCCGGAGCUGGUGGAGAGCCUCCCGAAGCCUGCCAGUGCUGAUGCGGACGACAUUCGCCAAGCGGCUCAGCUGGCCGCCAUGCGGCUGGGGGGCGUCGAGCAGUUGGGGGAUGCAGAUGGUGGUUCUAGCGGGGGUGCUGUCCCGGCUAGGGUGAAGCUGUCGCCUAGCGACAUUCAAGCCAUCAAUGAGGCGCCACUCGACUCGCCUAAAAUGUGGAUGGAGCUAGUGGGCCCGUCGGGGGUCGGAGAAUCUGUCAGUUAUGAGGAGUUUGAGAUGGAGGAAUGGGAUGAAACAGAAACUUAUUCCAUUUGGGACUGAUAUUCAUAUAAUAUAACAUAGAAGCACACAUAUAUAUGAGCAUUUGAUUUUUUUAGAUAGAGAUUGGUGUUUUAGAUAUAAACCAAGCAUCUGCAUAAGGGAAUUCAUGUUGACUACAAUGUGAGAUAAGGAUCUUACAUUAUUUGUUUCAAGGGCCACUUUUUAGGCCACAUUUCUAACAAGAAUUUAUUGUAUCACUAUAAUUAUAGAUUCUAAUGAAGCUAAUAUAUUCUGUUGCUCAAGUCAAAGCUCUUCCUCUCUUUUUAGUUCAAUUUCUUAUUUUAUUUUCAGAUGGCAUUAUCACUUUCAUUGUUUAUUUCUGAGCAAAUACUUAUCUUCACUUAGCUUAAGCCAGCGUUUCUUUAUAACUCGAUUUCAUGUUCUUACUCGAACAGCUACCAGACAUUUCUAAUUCGUGGUCUAAUUAGACUAGGCUAGUUAAUCAUAAAUUGGUAUAUAGCUCGAGAUGUUUAGGUGUACGAUACAGUCUAUACACCCUUUACAUAUUCUACGAGCACAUAUUGGUAGCCAAUAGUAGCUAUGUGAGCAUUUGAUGGUAAAAAAAGAGAUAUAUAAC